AUGUACGAGGAUCUUGGCCCGGCUGCUGGCGGUGAGGGCGCUCCUCCGCCCCCGGCUCCUGCUGGCGCUCCGCCACCCCCACCACCUGCAGCUGCACCCGCAAAAGAGGGAGGAGAUGGAGAGGGUGAAGGAAAGACAACGACCGAUGAACCGACGAAGAAGGGCGAAUCGACCAUGGGUGAAGCCACCGGCGGCAACAGCGCCAAGGAAAAGAAGAAGAAGAAGGGCAAAAAGGGCAAGAAGGGAAAGAAGGGCGACGGCGGCGGAGGAGGAGGUGGAGGCGGUGGAAAAGAGUGUCGCCCUCGGUAUCUUCGGCUGAAAUCUUGUAAACAAGUAAAUAAAUCGCGGCGUCGUCUCCUCGCUACUCUCCGGACGUCAAAGACCCUUCCUUACUUGAUCACAUUUACGUCGAAUAAAGCAAUUACAAUAGGAAAAAUCUGGGUGUGGGGUGGG